AUGGAUUCAACUGAUGAAAAUAGUAUUCCAAUUGAUAUUCAAAAAGAAUGGGAAAGUUCAAGAAAUACAAAAUAUCAAUGGAUAAGUUGUAUAUUUAGUUUAAUAGUAUUUUUAAUUCAUGGUAUAAUAUUUUUUUGGAUUCCUAGACAUUUAAGACAAAAAAGAUUCAUUAAAUCAAAUAGAUUUAAACCAAUUUUUAUUUUAUAUAAUAUUUGGAAUACUUUUAAUUAUACUUUAUCAUUUAAAAUUCGAAAAAAAGUUAUAUAUUUCAAACCAAGUAUAUUAAUAUUAUUUUUAUUUUAUAUUUUGUUAAAUACAAGAUUAUGUUAUCAAUAUACUCUGGAUAUAACUUAUAUCCCCAAAUAUAUGGUAUUAGCUAAAAGAUGGGCAAGAAUUGGUAUUGCUCAAGUUCCAGUUGUAUUUUUAUUAAUUACAAAAGGUGAUUUUAUAACAGGUAUAACUGGUUUAACUUAUGAAAGAACUACUUUUUUACAUAUUUGGUUUUCAUUUAUGAUGUUUGUUUUAAUUACUUUUCAUGUUACAGUUGUAAGUUAUUAUUGGGCAAGACCUCAAUAUGAAGAUUUACAUCCAAAAUAUCCCAAAAAUGCUUAUGGUAUAAUUGCUUAUAUCACUUUUGUAUUUUUAGCUUUGGGGAAUAUAAAAAUUAUAAGAAAAUAUGCUUAUGAUUAUGCAAUGGUUCAUCAUAGAACUCAAUCUUUUAUAAUGUUAUUAAUGGCUUUUUUCCAUAAUGAUAGUACUAAAGCAAUGGUUGUUGUUGGUGUUCAUUUAUUAGUUAUUGAUAAAGUUGUAGGAAGAAUUUAUGGAAUAAUUCAUUCAAAAAAAUCACCAACUAAAGGUUGGUCAACUUUUGAAAUUUUAGAUGAUGAAAUUAUAAAAAUUUCAAUCCCUAUUAAAGUUAAUAAAAAUUUUAAUCCAAAUUCUUGGUUUGGUUUAAUAAAAUUUAAAUAUGGAAAUUGGAAAGCUGGUCAACAUAUUUAUUUUAAUGUUCGAAAAAUUGAUUUUUUUCAACAUCAUCCUUUUACAAUUUCAAGUUUAUCUGAAUCUGGGAAGAUGGUUUUGAUAGUACGUAAAAAAAAUGGUUUCACUGAGAAAAUGUUUGAAAAAGUUUCUACUUUAAUCGAAAAACAAUUGAAAGGUGAAGAAGAAUUGAUGGAUUAUAUCACUUGGUAUAGACCAAAAUUAGAUAAAAUUUUAAACGUAUUUAGAAGAACCCUCAAGCUCAAGGAAAUUAAAACAGAUGAAAUUCCAGAAUAUAGAAAAAUUAAAAAUCCAAAUACUGUAAUUUUAAAAGCUGCAUUUAGAGGUCCUUCAGGUGCAAAAUUUCAACCACUUAUAACAUUUGAUUCAGUUGCUUUCUUUUGUGAAAAUUUAGGUGCAUCAUUUAUAUUACCAGUUUGUUUAGAUUUAUUACAAAACAUUGAAGCAAAAGAAAUUUCAAAAGAUUAUUUAUUUAGACCUGAUAAACCAAUUAUAUCAAUAUAUUGGUCAAUUCAACAUUUUAAAACAAUUAAUUGGUAUAAUCAUGUUAUAAAAAAAUUAUUACCAUUUAUUGAAUCAGGAAAAUUAUCUUUCAAUGUAUAUAUUGAUCCAUCAAACGAGAUUCAAAAUACAGAAAUUGAACUUUCAAAACUUGAACCUGAAGAGCUUGUGAAUAGUACAAUGGAUAUAUCAACAACAACAAAUCCAUUUAAAACAACAUUAGUAAGUAAAACUAGUGAAAUAACAACAGAAACUCAAGAUAUUUCCAAACUUGAAUCCAAUAAUUCAUCAUCAUCAGAAGAAAUUGAUUAUACAUUAAUAAAUAAAACCUACGCGUCAUUAAAUAUAAAUCAACAAUUAAAUAAUCAUAUAUCAAAUUUAAAAAUUUCAGAUUCAAAUGAUGAUAAAACUUUUAAAUCUUUAGCUAUAUUAAGUUGUGGAGAAAAUCAUAAAUUUGGUAAAGAAGUUGAAUAUAAUUUACAAAAUUAUAGAUGGAUUAAAAAUGCUCCAAAUAUUUAUUUUUAUAAUGAAUCUUAUGAUAGUUGA